UUAUGGCCGAGGGCAGCGGGGAGGUGGUCGCCGUGUCGGCUUCGGGGGCCGCCAACGGUCUCAGCAAUGGGGCCGGCGGGACCUCGGCGCAGUCCAACAACCCGCUGUCGCGCAAGCUGCAUAAGAUCCUAGAGACCAGGCUGGACAACGACAAGGAGAUGUUGGAAGCUCUCAAGGCACUUUCAACCUUUUUUGUUGAAAACAGCUUGAGGACUCGAAGAAAUUUACGUGGAGAUAUUGAACGCAGAAGUUUAGCCAUCAAUGAGGAGUUUGUGAAGAUUUUCAAGGCAGUAAGGACGGAACUUGAAAGCAUCAAUGAAGAUGUUCAAGCAAUGAGUAGCUGUUGUCAAGACAUGACAAGCCGUCUACAGGCAGCAAAGGAACAGACUCAAGAUUUAAUAGUAAAAACCACUAAACUUCAAGCUGAAAGCCAAAGAUUAGAAAUAAGAGCACAAGUGGCAGAUGCCUUCUUAUCCAAGUUCCAGCUGACUACUGAUGAAAUGGGUCUGCUUCGAGGGGCAAAGGAAGGACCUGUAACUGAGGAUUUUUUCAAGGCUCUGGGAAGAGUGAAACAGAUUCAUAAUGAUGUCAAAGUUCUCUUGCGUACAAAUCAGCAAACAGCGGGUCUGGAAAUUAUGGAACAGAUGGCCUUGCUUCAAGAAACAGCUUAUGAAAGACUUUACCGAUGGGCUCAAAAUGAAUGCAGAACAUUGACACAAGAAUCCUGUGAUAUAUCUCCAGUACUAACACAAGCCAUGGAAGCCCUACAGGAUAGACCAGUCUUAUAUAAAUAUACCUUAGAUGAAUUUGGGACAGCCAGACGAAGUACAGUUGUCCGUGGAUUUAUUGAUGCUCUUACAAGAGGUGGCCCAGGAGGUACACCUCGACCCAUUGAAAUGCACUCCCAUGACCCUUUGAGGUAUGUGGGAGAUAUGUUGGCAUGGCUCCACCAAGCUACGGCCUCUGAAAAGGAACACCUGGAGGCCCUCUUAAAGCUUGUGACUGCCCAAGGUGUUGAAGAAAGUAUUCAGGAAGUUGUUGGGCAUAUCACUGAAGGUGUCUGCAGACCUCUAAAGGUUCGAAUUGAACAAGUAAUACUUGCCGAACCCGGGGCAGUUUUACUGUAUAAAAUUUCUAAUCUCCUCAAAUUUUACCACCAUACAAUCAGUGGCAUUGUUGGAAAUAGUGCAACUACUUUAUUGACUACUAUUGAAGAAAUGCAUUUGCUAAGCAAAAAAAUAUUCUUCAAUAGCUUGAGUCUUCAUGCAAGUAAACUGAUGGAUAAGGUUGAACUCCCUCCUCCUGAUCUUGGACCAAGUUCUGCACUGAAUCAGACGCUCACUUUGCUGCGUGAAGUUCUGGCGUCUCACGAUUCUUCGGUCAUACCUCUAGAUGCUCGUCAAGCUGACUUUGUGCAGGUUUUAUCAUGUGUGUUGGAUCCUCUUCUCCAGAUGUGUACAGUGUCAGCCAGCAAUUUGGGCACAGCUGACAUGGCCACAUUUAUGGUCAAUUCCCUGUACAUGAUGAAGACAACAUUAGCUUUGUUUGAAUUCACUGACAGACGUCUGGAAAUGCUACAGUUUCAGAUUGAAGCACAUUUGGACACGCUUAUAAACGAGCAAGCCUCUUAUGUUUUAACUAGAGCAGGCUUGAGUUAUAUCUACAAUACUGUACAGCAACAUAAACCUGAACAGGGCCCUUUAGCUAAUUUACCUAGCUUAGAUUCUGGUGCAUUGAAGGCUGCAAUGGUUCAGUUUGAUCGUUACCUUUCAGCCCCCGACAACCUCUUAAUGCCACAGCUGAAUUUUCUCCUAAGUGCCACAGUAAAAGAACAGAUUGUGAAACAAUCUACGGAACUGGUCUGCAGAGCCUAUGGUGAGGUGUAUGCAGCUGUGAUGAAUCCAGACAACGAAUAUAAAGAUCCAGAGAGCAUUCUGCACCGGCCACCCCAGCAAGUGCAGACUCUGCUCUCCUGAUCAUCUCCAUGGGUCACUAAAAUAUCACUUCCCUAAAACACUAAAUGUUGUUUGGUUCCUGGUCUAC